AUGGCGCUUCUAUCUCUGGCAUCGGCCUCCCGGGGCUGCACCAGGACCAGCAUCACGCGAAGCUCCCCAUUGCGCUGUCUGAGCAGCGUGGGCACAUGGUCACCACCGUCGCCAAAGUCGAAUUCUCGAUAUCCAGGUCGACGCUGCGGCGGGUGCGUGCCGAACCAUGCCGCGCCCGCGUGUCGCUCAACUGCAUCGCCCGAUCGAAGAACGUACGCGACGCACAACAAAAACAACAAGGGGGACAUUGCCGUCAUCGGGGGAGGCUUGACAGGCCUCUCGACAGCGUACUAUCUCGCCAAGCAGCUGCCGUCCACGGCCAAGAUUACGCUGUACGAGGGGAGUGACCGGCUCGGCGGAUGGAUCCGAACCGAUCGCGUGCCGGUCGACGUCGAGGGUGUCAAGGGGACGGUUAGUUUUGAGAGGGGCCCGAGGACGUUGUCGUCGAAUCAUCUGAGUACGUGGAAGUUUGACGAUCUCGUGCUAUACGACCUGGCUCUCGAUCUUGGCCUCAAGAUCUUCACGCCGCCCGAUCAACCACGCUACAUCUACUACCCGGACCAUCUCGUCGCGCUUCCCCCGGCCGGCAGUUUCGUCGACUUCUUCCGCGAGCCGCUUUUCCUCCAUUCCAUCCCGAGUGGGCUGGGCUUCCUCCUGCGCCGCAUGCACAGCCGCGCGGUUCCCCUCAAGGACUUGUCCGUGUCGGCAUGGCUGUACGAAAUCAGCGGCAGCCGCGCCAUCGCGGACAACGUCGCGUCUGCCAUGAUCCACGGGAUAUACGGCGGUGACAUUGACAGGCUGAGUGCCAGAUCGGUGUUUGAUCGCUUCUACUGGGCAUACUACCUGCCAAACAUGGGCUCGGAUCUGAGACAGAUGACCGUGAGGGAGCAGACGUUUAUGAGUGAGCUAUCGCAGGAUCCGCAGAUUCGCAGCAUGGCACUCAAGGCUCGCGGCGCCUUGUUACACUUUGGCGAGGCGGGAAUGGAUAGCCUGCCCAGGGCGUUGGCAGAUGUGCUGGAAGCAACGCCCAAUGUAGAGAUUAAGAAGGGCCAUCCGGUGCGGGAUAUAAGCUACGAUGCGGAGACUGCAAAGGUCAAUGUCACGACCGGCAACUGGGCCGACGAAGCGCAACAAGACUUGGACAACAAAACGUCCACUCCUCACGAUCGCGUCAUAUCUACCAUCGCAAGCCAGGACCUGUCCCGCAUCACCGCCUCCAAGCUGCCCAGCCUCGCCGAAACGCACUCCGUGUCCAUCAUGACCGUCAACAUGUGGUACCCCAAGAAGCACAUGAAGCCCCGCGGCUUCGGCUACCUGAUCCCUCGCUCCGUCAGCCGCGAGCACAACACCGAGCGUGCCCUCGGUGUCUUCUACGACUCCGACGUCGGCGGCGCCGCGUCGCCCGACGAGCCUGAAGGUACGAAGCUGUUCGUACUCAUGGGCGGGCACUACUACGACUCUGGCGCCCCUCCACCCUCGGAGUCAGACGCCGUCGAGCAGGCCAAAUCUCUCCUGGAGCGCCACCUAGGCAUCCCCGCCGACACGCCCUGCGUCGCCUUGUCCAGAUUCGCCAAGGGAUGCAUCCCGCAGCAUUUCGUAGGCCACAACGACCGCAUGAUGGUGGCUGACCAGCAGCUCCGCGACGAGUUUCACGGACAAGUCGCAGUGGCAGGCGGCUCGUACAGCAAGAUUGGUGCCAUGGGCGCGAUCCGCGCCGGGUACGACGUCGCCAAGCAGACUGUCGGCCAAGGAGGAUGGUACACGACGGGACUGGAGAGUCUGGAGUUCCCCGAACCGUUUGUCGGCGUGCCCAUUUCGAAAAUCCCCGUCAGGAGGUUCAGGCAGUUGGGGCAGAGGAGGGGGUAA